AUGCUCGGGAAAAAACAAAAAGUGAAACAUAUGAUUGUGAAGAAGUUUUCUUGUGAAAAAGAAAAAACUACAAAGAAAUUCAAUCGAAGAAAUAGUAUGAUUAUUGUGCGCUUUAGUUUUUUCCCAUCACAAAGUCAAUUACAAUUUAAAUUGUAUUGAAAUUUUUUAAAUUAUAUUUUUUGAAGAAACAAUUAUAUAAGCAAAUUUGUGUUUUAAAUUUAAAUCGAAAAAUCUAUGUGUAAUGAACGAUCGACCAUAAAAAGAUCGAAUGGAAAUAAAUAAAGAAAAAUAUAAAAUAAAUUAUAGGAAGUUUCGUGAGUCGAAGUCAGAAUCUGUUUUUUUUGUUCUUCUCUUGUGAAUUUGAAAUGUGUCAGUCAUACGUAAAGUAAAAGAAAAUUAUAUCUACGUAUCUAUAUGUACGUGCCUCCUGGGGACAAACAACAUCAUGGUUGAUGUCGUUAUGGAUUCAUGAUUAUUUUGUUACUUUAAAAUCAAGAUUCAACUAAAUCCACCUCUCUCUCUACCGUUACCUGUCAUCGAAAAGAAUCUUGCUACAAAAUUAUAGGAACAAGUGCAAGUGUCAACUUUAUAGCUGAUCUCAGUGAAUGACUUAUUAAUUAUUGAUCGUCGUGGUCAUCUUGCUCCUCCUCAUCAAUAGCAUCAUCCAGAUCUGCCAGAAUGAUUCCAACAACAGCUUCGAAUACGCCUACGACCCAGACCACUUCGGCGGUGGUAAUUGGCAUUGCAUCACUCGUCUUGGAGGGACGUGCCUUGUCCGAGGAUGAGUUUGCCAUGCCAUUGGGCUUGACCAAGACGUUGGCAGCGGCGGCGGCCGCCCAACGAAGGUCACACGCCGCCACCGCCGCAGCCACAGCAGCGACGACCACAGGCCAGGAUACUCCACGCUCAUCACACGUGGUCAACAUUACAAUGAAUCCAAAUGCUCAGUCAAUGCCACUAUUUGCGGCACGAACAAACACAAACAGCAUGCAGCCAGACACGAUUCACCAACGUUGGACACAAAAAAUCUGCCAACUGCGACAAUCAUCGCCAACAGUCAGCCGCGAGAUGGCCUUGGAAGCGAUUGCCGUUGGGGCCGAUGAUGACCAAUCGGCUGAUCUAGAUCGUAGGAUGACACUCGUCUAUCAUCACCGUCCGGUGCCUUCGCCAAUAGCUGAGAAGCUUCACACCUUACAGUCACUUGCCACUACAUGCUUGAGGGCAUCACCAGACAAUACACCCAACUAUGGGUAUACGAUGUUGGCAUCGUCGCCAACGUCGCCUCUAGUGCCAACUGCCGCUACAACAUCGCCCAAAUAUACGUCAUAUUUCACAUCGCCUCUGCGUCUGGCCAAUCCCUUUGCCAUUAACUCCUCGCUGGCCUCAUCGACAUCGUCGUCAUCGGCAACAAGCAACAGCUGCUGCAGCAUCGAGGGAAGUCCAAAUGGCUGCAAUACCACCACAGAUUUGCCAUCGAGUUCAAGUUCAAAUAAAAAACAACAACAACAAUUAUCUGGAGGAAGUAAUGGCAGCAGUAAUGGUUGUAAUACUACAACAAGUCCCAAACAGGGGCCACAUUGUGAUCAAUUCCUUAGAAAAAUGGGCUUGGCUAAGGGCGAAGCCGCUGAUGCUGAGGAUCAUAUCUGUGAUAUAUCAUAUGGUAUUAAAAUUUGCAUACGUUGGCGCACAUAUUGUCAAGAGAUGGAAGCAAUAAUGGCCCGAGGAGAACCGAUUUGCAUAGAAGUUUAUCUAGGACCAGCUACACAAAAGAUUCUGCUGGAACAAUGGAUUAUCGCACAGAAAGAAAGAACUCCCGGACCAACAAUGACACUUCCUUCGUUAUGCAGUGCCAUCCGUAGUCAGUUGUAUUUCUCACAAAUCUAUGCCUGGUGUGAUCUCAUUAAGAAAUCCGAUCAAGCCGUCUUCGAUACCGGACGUAUACUAUUUCCAUCUAAGGCGGGACUAAGUGGUUCCCCGCCAUCUGGCGGCCAUCGACCACGUUUGAAUAUAUUCUACCGAAUCAAAACAUACGAUUCAACUGCCAGCUUCAACAACAAACCGAAUGUGCAUAAUUUCCCAAAUGUAGUCAUCUCAGAAGCUACGUGCCUUUCGGUUUGCGUCAAAAGUCUUCCACGCAUCCACAGCGGCAUCCCACGAGUGGGCGAGUGUUCGACUGUGGCUGCUACCGCUCCUGUAGCAGGCAUCGGUGCCUUGUUUAGUAGUGUAACACCUAUGGGCAGUGAUAAUAAUUGUUCAGCUGCGUCAAACAAUUUAGUAGAGAAGCAAAGCGUUCGCAGAGCUUCGAUGAGCCAACUGCCAUCGACUUCGCUAACAUCAUCGAUCAACAGUUCAAGCAGUCGUGAUGAGUGCAUGGACAAAAACCAAAAACUCAGCAAUAAUUGUAUGUACGACGACGAAGAUGGAAGUUCAGAUGCCACAUUGUCCCACCGCGAGCGUCAGCUAUUGAAGUACAAAAAACGAAUGCUCAAGCGCGACAAAAAGACAUGCAAAUCGACGCUCUCGGAGAAUGGAGCAUCAGCGUCAGAAGGGUCUCAGGACUCGAGCAACAAAUAUCAACACAUGCAGCUAGACGAGAAGAUCAAUUGUGUGCUGGACGAGUCGUUCGCCGCUGAUGUGCCCAAUCAUGGCCAGCAGCAGACGCUGCCCGAAUAUGGUUCGAUAAACUCAAUCCGCCCACCGUUAUAUCGGCCUUCGCCGCCGAGCAGUUUAGCCAGAGGAGGAGGAGGGGGCAGCGGCGGCGUCGUUCAACAAACUCAAAUCGUAGAAAUGAUCUCAACUGGCACCCAAACGGCGAACUUUUUCCAAUCGGCCACCUACCCCAGCUGUGAUCUGUGUGGCAAUGAGAUGUCCAUUGUGUGCAUGAACUGUGAUGAAAACUUCGCCGAAAUAACUCCGUUGAAUAAGGCCGAUUUGUUGUUGCGCGCCAUUCAGCGGACUCCGAAGGUGGCGCGGAAUCGCAAUAAUAACAACUCACCAGCAAUGGUCCACCAGGCAGGGCGAAGCAGCAACAGUAUAAGCGAUUGUCAAGUGUGCAAACGCCAGAAGACGCAACAUCACUUCCGAGGCAAGGAUGUGGAAAUGGAGGCACAACACCAGAACAACAAUAACAAUUGCACCAAUGGCAACAAGAAUGGAAUGUGCGCCAAUGGAGACGGUCCGCCGUGUGAUUGCGGAAUGACCUCAUUUCGAAUGGAGGAGGACGGUGAUAGCCAACAUGUAUGGAAUCAAGUCAAAAACCCUAACACUGCCAUCAAGGAAGAAUCUUCGCCCCCACCGCCGAUAUACAUCUCGAAUUGUGGUAAUGGCGUUGACCACCACCAGCCAACUGCGAUAACACAUUUCAAAACUCCAACAUCACAAGCAUCUGUCAAUGGUGUAGGAACAAAUUCAGCUCAAUCUAGCGCAAAGCCAAAUCGUCUUCAAAUUCUCAACGGUUCGUCGUCGUCGUCGGGAGACAAGAAGAUGCGUAACCUGCCAAAGGUUAAUCUAACACAGAUCUUUUGCUCAGGGAACUCAUCAUCGCCCAUACCGAUAAGUUCCUGUCCAUCACCGUCAGAGGUUACAACAUUUACAUUUGAUGUUAAUGGAAGUGGAAGUUUAAGUGCAAAUGGAAACGGAAAUGCAAACGGAAUGACGACAACGACGAUGACGACGACGACGACAAUAAAUCUUCCAUCCCCGGAGGCGAGCAUCAGAGUUCAGAAAUCCUAUUCGGCGCCAACACUGCCAAAUUCGCCUUCACUAUCGCCGCGAUUUGCUAAACAAGCUGCCUUUUACAAGAGACGAUCUCGACAUUUGUCCGAUCGUUCGGAUCGAUCGUCACUGGGGUCUGACGAACAGUUCUCCGAUGAGGAACUUGAAGCGGGUGUUUAUAGUCCUGCGUCUUCGCCAAUUAAAUUUCGUUCCCGAAUUUCUGCAUUCGGACGACGAGCGUUGCUGGGUAAUUUGGAAGAGAGUCUGUUACAGAGAAGGUUUGCGCCAAAGAUGGAAGUUGCUGGAUUCCGGGUGUUGUUGGGUGCAUCGGGAGCUUUUUGUCCCACUCAGCUAACUAUACCCGCAGCGGCUUAUUUCUAUGAGUUGCGUGGUGAAGCUCUUAGCACACCAUAUGUGUGCGAAAUACGUUUGCCAAGGAAAGGCUACUUAAUACCAAGCAUCGGAACUGUACAAGCCACACUUUUGAAUCCAAUGGGGACGGUAGUGCGUAUGUUUGUGAUACCUUAUGAUUUUCGAGAUAUGCCACCGUGGCAUCAGACUUUUAUCCGUCAGCGAGUAUUGGCUGAAGAAUCGUCGUCGUCUACGUCAAUGUCAUCGUCACAGCAGCAGCAGCAGGAGAGUGAAAGGCCUACAGAAGUAUCUGGAUGCAGAGGUGCUGCAAUGUCUAUGAUAUCUCGAAUGCAUGGAGGAAGCAGUUUGGGACACAUGAUAUCCAGCGAGCACAUGAAGCGCCUGCGAUAUUCAAUUCAUUUGAGAUUUCAAACAUCACGUUCUGGCCGAUUGACCCUUCAUACAGAUAUUCGUCUAUUGAUCUCACGUCGCACCGAUUGCGAUACGGCAGCGGCCCACGCCAAAGGGGUACUUGAAGCACCCAACGAUCUGACCACCGACACAGUGAUGCCCAAUCACCCGAAAUACAGCGCCCGUCAGGAGAAUCCAAAUAAAAUUUAGUAGUUGCUAAAUUUAUUAAAAAUGCAUUCGCAGCAUUAUUUAUUUAUUAUUUAUAACAGUCUUAAAGUGCAUAUGAAUCAAUUGCGUAUGCGUAGGUUUAGUUAGUGCAAAUUUUUUGUUUGUUUUUAUUUUCUUUUUAUUUUAAAUAUUAUUAUUAUUUUAUUCAUAUUAUUUUUGCUUUUCAAAUUUCUAUACUCCAUGUUGGUUUUAUUUUUAAAAAAUCUUGAAAAAGAAGAAUUUCAGAUUUGUAGAUUUUGAGUAGUAAUUUUAUUAUUUUAUAUUUCAUCCAUCUGACAAGAAAUAAUCAAAAAAUAUUGUGUUGUUAAAUUGAAGAACUUCAUCAAAGUCUCCAAUUAACAAACUUUUUUGAAUUUAGUUUUUUUUUUGAUUAUUUUGAUUUCUUUUUAUUAUAUACCUUAAAAAACAGAGUAAUUUUUGUAUCAUAAUUUAUUUUAUUGUUAAUUUUUAUUUUCUCCCUUUUGGUAUAUCAAAAUGUUAUAUCAGUAAAAAUUGGUAAAUUAUUUUUAUUGAAUAGAAAAGAAACAAAAAUCAAAAAUGAAGAUCUAUAUAUACAUAUUUCAAAAUAUCAUCUAUGUUGUAUAUUUUUUGAAAUAGGGGGGAUUCUAGAGAAAGAAUUAAUUCAGAGUUGAAAUUGUCUGUGCAUCUAAGGCGAGCUCAUAUCGAUCAUUUUUUUUUUAUUUUUUCAAUUUGUUUGAGUGAUGUUGGAAUUUUGUUUUAGCCAAUUUUAAAACAACAAAGUAAGUUUAUUUCGAAACAAACAAACAAAACAAAAGAAAACAACUUUAUGUUCAAAAUUUUUAUUAAUAAGCUCUUGUUUUUUUUUUGUUGUUUUUAAAUAACUUCAAUUCGAAUAAAUCUUAUUUUUUCUGUUGGCUAUAUUUAAUUUUUUUUAAACUUUACUUUAAAAUAAUCAAGAAGUGUGUUCAAGUGAACAAAGUAUGUGUGAUAAUAUUUAGAAAGCUUUUAUUGUAUUAAAUAAUUUUUGUUUAAGAAAUAAUACCUUAGAAUUUAUAUGAAUGUAAUAUUUUUAAGAAAAGAAAUUAUUAUCUAUUAUCUCUAUUAUAAUUAUUAUUAUGAUUAAAAAACAAAAAUUGCAACCUUAAUCUUUAAAAAAACAAAAACAAAAAAUUCUUGUGAUUAAAUUUCAACAUUAUAGAAAAGAAUAUUUAAGUUAGUUUUAUUUUUUAAUUUUUUUAAAUAACAAAAAAGUCAGAUUCUUUUUAAUUUCUGGGCAAAGCAAAUAUUUUUGAAUUUUUGUUUUGAUUUUGUUGAAUAAAUUAUAAUUUGUAUUGAUUGUCAAAAAUGUAGGAGCUCAUAAUAUUUGAAGUAAAAUAAUUAUCUCAUUUUUUUAAAAACCAAAAAAUUUAAUAACAAAUUUGUGUAAUUAUUUGUUUUUGCAAAAUUGUAUUUUAGAAGUGACAAAGGGUGUAGGUGUUUAUGUUAAAAAAAUCCUCAUGAUUAGAAACUCUAAACUUUUGUGUGAUUUUUAGAUCCUCAGAUGGUAAACUUUUGCUUGUCAUGUAGUGUAGUUUAGUCUAGAUAACGUAGAUUAUCUUGAUCUUGGAAUUGUAGAUUUUUGGCUUAGGACUUAGGAAUUUUCUUCGAGUUAGUUUACGCUAACUUUAUCUUACUUAUUUACUAACUUAAGAUGGCGCUACAGUCCUGUGUGAACUAGGGCAUCACCCAACAAACUUCUCCAUCUAGCUUUGUCCCUAGCUAGAUGGCUCCAGUUGCGCACUCCAAGCAACUGAUCCGUCUUCCUCAACUGCGUUGUCCUGUGGAUGUGGAUUCGAAGACUUUCCGUGCAUUGGUUUCCAUAUCCUCUACGUGUUUACCUUUUUGAAAAAUAAAUAUUUCCGCACUAUUUUGCUUGAAAUUAUAUUUUGAAAUUUUGAAAACUGUUUUUGAGAGUUCCCCGAUUUUUGUAACUGAAUGGUUAAGAUUUUAAAAAAUUCGUAUAUUUCAUACCAAUCGAAGAAAAUUCCUCUUCCAUCGGUAACCUCCAUAUGGGUGAUGACAACUGCCGAAACAGUUCUAUCUGGUGCCAAUUGUUGAAAUGGAGUAACACCUUAAGCUGCAAUAUAGCUGUGAGAUGGAAAAUUAUGUAGUCUUAGCUGCAAUGACUGAAAAUGACAUUAUAUUUGGUUGCAGAAAUUUGAACUUGCAACGAGAAGAAAUUUCAACUUUGUUCUCAAAAAAAAGAGAGCGUACAUUACGAGUAAAUUUCAAUUUAAUUCGGAAACGUUAAAAAAUUAUUUAAAAUUCAUGUUACUGGAUCUGUUCACAAGUAGUUUAACGUCAAAAAAGAGUUUUAAGCUUUUGAAAAAUCUCAUUCAGAUGUUAAUCAAAUUUAGGAUGGAGUAACACCUUAAGCUGCAAAAUAGUUGUGAGAUAGAAAAUUAGUUUUAGGUUCGAUGAGUAAAAAUGUCAUUAUAUUCGUUUGGAGAAAUUUGAACUUGCAACGAGGAGAAAUUUGAACUU